AUUCUGCUACGUAAACUACUGUCGCAGUUACUGCAGUCGCGAGCCAGGUGUGAGAGAUGUCCAUCACUGUUGUCAGAGACAAGGAAGUGACUGUGUUCACAGUGAUGACUGACAGUAAGAGCAUGUUACCACCUCUGUGUCAAAUCCUCAAGACUCUUUGCUGCAGACCGAUGUGGUCCUCAGGGUACAAGGUGCUGAUGCAGAGCAAUGCAAUUUCAGCUCUUGGGACUAUACAGAUCAUGGUGGGUCUGUUCAACAUCGGACUUGGACCAGGACGAACAAGCCUUCAUCCUGAGGAUUUUGCCCAUUUGGGAGCUGCAUACUGGCUGGGCGGCAUGUUCAUCGUAGCUGGGAUCGUGUCUCUUCUUGCCAACCGGUUCCCCUCUCCUUGCUUGGUGGGCUUUGCUGUGUUGGUGAACAUAGUUGGAUCUAUCUUCGCCAUUGUUGGCAUUGUGCUGUAUGGCACAGACAUUAAAGAUGUCUCUGCCGCCAGGUUUUGUGACGGGUUCAAUGCUCAUCGUUCUGGUGACAACUGCAAAUAUGUGCAAUACUUUUUCCAGCGUUUGAUGACAGCCAUGGACAUUACUAUGAUCAUCCUGACUGUCCUCCAGCUGUGUGUCUGCGUCAACUUCACUGCUCUGGGCAUCAAAGCUCUCUUCAACACGAGGAAGGAAGAGCAGGGAGGCAGAGAUGAUGACAUCUACCAGCCAGUGUUGAAGGAAGUCCUCAUGACCAGUCCUGGUGCUUAACAUCUAUUAAUCAUGCAUCCAAUCACAAGAUGAUGAUGUAGGAGUAUGAUAAGCAACACAUCAUUGUAAUCAUUCCAUAUAUCGGCUUAAAAAAUCAAAACUGCUUUUUUCUAAUCACAAAUACACUACAAUUAUAUGCUGAAGAGAAUAGUCCGUCUGUAGUCUGGCACAUUGUGAAUGGUAAUUUUAAUGUUGUGGGUAAUGUUUUAAAAUAUAUACUGUUUUUAAUAACUUCUGGAUUAAGUUUUAAAGUAAACUUUCUUGAAUAAAUGUAAAAAUGGUGACAAA